UCAAACUCCUAGUACACCGCUGCAGCCCUCACGGCAAGAAUCGGACGCCAAAAUGACACGUAAAUCCUCAGACCGUAAUAACGGUUCCAGAUGAAGGGCAUUCUCAUUCUCGCGUCUCCAUCCUUCUACUCAGUUCGCCGACCUCCUCCGUCCUCAUCCGUUUCACCCUUUAAAUCCCUCUCCUUUUAACUCCAUCGUCUAUUUUGCGGAAAAACCCUAACCCCUCCCUAUCUCUCUAUCGAGAUCGACCUCGAUCCCUUACCCCCAUGGAUUGAGAUCACAAUCUCUGAUCAUCGAAGAGCGAUUCAGAGUAUUCGAAGAUGCUCGAAGAUCAGGUCGCCUUCCUUCUCCAAAAGUACCUCGGCAACUAUGUCCGAGGUCUCAACAAAGAGGCGCUCAAGAUCAGCGUCUGGCGAGGUGAUGUGGAACUAACUAACAUGCAGUUGAGACCGGAGGCACUUAAUGCUCUAAAGUUACCGGUGAAGGUUAAAGCCGGGUUUCUUGGAUCAGUGAGGCUUAAGGUUCCAUGGAGCAGGUUAGGCCAAGAACCGGUUUUAGUUUAUCUAGACCGCAUUUUGGUUUUAGUUGAGCCUGCAACACGAGUUGAGGGGAGUAGUGAAGAUACUAUACAAGAAGCUAAGAAAAUUAGAGUACAGGAAUUAGAAAAGAGGCUUUUAGAAUGUCAGCAACAAUUGAAGCUGGAAAUGAAUACGUCAUGGCUGGGAUCGCUGAUCAGCACUAUUAUUGGGAAUAUCAAGCUUUCCAUUACCAAUAUCCACAUUAGAUAUGAGGAUAUUGAAAGCAAUCCUGGGCACCCAUUUGCAGCGGGCUUGACGCUUGAUAGGCUUUCAGCAGUGACUGUUGAUGAUUCUGGGAAGGAAACUUUUGCUACUGGAGGCGCUCUAGAGCGCAUUCAGAAGUCUGUGGAGCUCGAUCGCCUUUCUGUUUAUUUUGAUUCUGAUGUCCGACCAUGGAGUGUUGAGAAACCAUGGGAGGAUUUGCGCCCUUCAGAGUGGAAUGAGAUAUUUGAACUUGAAAACGAGGAUGGUAGGUUAGAUAUUCGUUCCGUGGAUCAUAAUUACAUUCUCCAGCCAGUGACUGGUAAUGCAAAGUACACAAAGCUGCGAUUGGACGAAUCGAAGAGUACUAGGCAAGCAUUACAACAGGCAUCCGUUAAUUUGGAUGAUGUCACAUUAUGUUUAUCGAAGGAAGGAUACAGGGACAUGUUGAAACUGGCUGAUAACUUUGCAGCAUUUAACCAACGUUUGAAAUAUGCUCAUUACCGACCACCUGUUUCUGUGAAAUUGGAUCCAAAAUCCUGGUGGAAAUAUGCGUGCAAAGCGGUAACCGAUGAAAUGAAGAAAGCAAGCGGUAAACUUUCUUGGGAGCAGGUUUUGAGGUAUGCAACGCUUCGAAAGAGAUAUGUGUCACUUUAUGCUUCCCUCUUGAAAUCCGACAUGAACCUAUCUUUAGUGGAGAAUAACAAGGAAAUAGAGAAAAUCGAUAUGGAGCUUGAUAUUGAGAUUAUUCUUCAGUGGAGGAUGUUGGCGCACAAGUUUGUGGCUCAGUCGGCAGAUUCUGAUGUUUAUUUGAAUAAACAGAAACCUAAGCAGUCUUGGUGGUCUCUUGGAUGGUCUGGGUCUAGCAGUACUGGAAAUGAAGCUAGGGGAUUCUCUGAGCAGGACUGGGACCGAUUAAAUAAAAUUAUUGGUUAUAAGGAGGGUUCUGAUGAGUUCUCGCUGGACACUCAAAAUGAAGCAGAUCUUCCUCAUCUCUUUUUGGAAAUCCACAUGAAACAUAAUGCAUCAAAAAUUAUUAACGAGGGUCAGGAGUAUCUUGCGGAUUUAUCAAGUGAAGGAUUGCUUUGUUCCUUUAAAACUUAUUCAGAGGCAAUGGUGUUUGACCUGAAGUUGGAAUCCUAUAGGUUGUCAUCACGAUAUGGUCUUCUUGCUGAGAGUGCGACUGUUACUGAUUCUUUAGCUGGGACCUUUUCCUACAAGCCUUUUAAUACUCAAGUGGAUUGGAGUUUUGUUGCUAAAGCUUCUCCAUGUUAUAUGAUUUACUUAAAGGAGUCGAUUGACGAAAUUGUUACUUUCUUCAAAAGCAAUACAACUAUAAGCCAGACCUUAGCUUUGGAGACUGCAGCUGCUGUGCAGAUGACAAUUGAUGGGGUCAAACGCACUGCUCAACAGCAAGUUACCAGGGCCUUAAAGGAUCAAUCCAGGUUCCUUCUGGACCUGGAUAUUGCAGCUCCUAAAGUCACUAUUCCCACCAAAUUUUGCCCAGACAACUCUCAUGCGACAAGACUGUUACUUGAUUUGGGAAACUUGAUGCUAUGCACACAGGAUUACUGGAACUCUGAUUCUGCUGAAGAGAGAGAUAUGUACUUGCAGUUCAAUUUCGUCUUGAGUGAUGUAUCUGCUUUCUUAGUUGAUGGUGAUUAUCACUGGAAUACAACACCUCCUGAGAAGGCGUCUAAGGAACUAAGUUAUUCUAAUUUCUUUCCUGUUAUUGAGAAGUGUGGAAUUGCUCUAAAAUUUCAACAGAUCCAAUCAGAAAAUCCUCGAUAUCCAUCAACUAGAAUUGCGUUACGGCUGCCAUCGUUGGGUUUUCAUUUCUCCCCAGCUCGGUACCAUCGGUUACUUCAAGUUGCCAAGAUAUUUCAAGAUGAAGAUAGCACAAGUUCAGAUGUGCUUCAACCUUGGAGUCAAGCUGAUUUUGAAGGGUGGUUGUCUCUACUUACAUGGAAGGGUGUUGGAAAUAGGGAAGCUGUAUGGCAACGCAGAUAUAUUUGUCUUGUUGGGCCAUUUCUUUACAUAUUGGAGUCUCCAUCAUCUAAAACAUACAAGAAUUAUGUCAGUUUGCGAGGAAAACAGCUAUAUCAAGUUCCUACAGAGUUCACUGGUGGCACUCCAAAUAUGUUAGCUCUCUGUGAAGCGGGGCAAUCUAAUUCCAAGGUAUUGGAAGAUGUCAGUGCAGUGAUAUUACGUUUCGAUUCUUAUGAAUCAAGGAAAAUAUGGAAAAAUCGUCUUCAAGGAGCAAUAUAUCGUGUAUCGGGCCCAUCUUCCAUUACUGCAGAAGUUUCUUCCCCUUCAGAAUUUAAAGACAUCAAUGAUAGUGCAAUAACUGAUUUCGGGAACAUGGAGAAAUUGUUUGUCUGUGGGGUUCUUGAUGAACUUAGAAUCUGUUUUAGUUGUAGUUAUCAGAGCAACCAAAGUUUCAAGAAGGUGCUUCUUUGUGAUGAGAAACGUUUAUUUGAGUUUCGUGCAGCAGGUGGUCAGGUUGAGCUUUCAAUUAAGGCGAACAACCUUCUGAUUGGAACUGUACUGAAAUCGCUAGAAAUUGAAGAUCAAUUUUGCUGUGUUCGAACUGCUCGGCCCCGUUAUCUUGCGAGAUCAUUUAUAAAUAACACUGAACAAUCCACAGUCAGCGAUUCGUCAUCCAUUUCUGUCCUUGAUUGGCAGAAAAUUAGCAAUAAUCAACUAAACUCAACUGAUGAUGAGGAAAAGUUCUUUGAAGCAUCAGAUGAUUUGGAUGACCCAGGUGAUCGUUCUGUAAGUCGACUUGGAAGCAUGUCAGAAUACUCCACUGCUCAACCUUCCUUUUCCGCAAUGAGAUCUUCUAUGGAACCACCAACUUUUAGCCGCAUUCCUGGUUUAAUUCCUGAUUCUGAACUUCAAAAUGAAAGCUUAAAAUUGGAGACAGCUGAUACUUUGGACAGUUUUGUUAAAGCUCAAAUAGUAAUCUACAAUGCUGAUUCUCCUCAUUAUGAUAACCUGGAUAAUCGGGUUGUGAUAACUCUUGCUACAUUGUCCUUUUUUUGCCAUCGGCCUACUAUUCUUGCAAUUUUAGAAUUCAUAAAUGACAUUAACGUCACGGAGGAGAAAUGGAACUCUGAUACUUCUAUUGAUAAACCUUCUGCUGCCGUGAUCGAGGCAUCAAUUAGUGGUUCAGCAUGUGAGCCAGACUCAUCUGCCCCGGAGCCAGUUGUUGAAGGAUUGCUUGGUAAAGGAAAAACCAGAGUCAUUUUUCACCUUACAUUGAAUAUGGCGAGGGCACAAAUUUUCUUGAUGGAUGAAGAAGGGAUUUCUCUUGCUACUUUAUCACAAAAUAAUUUGCUGACUGAUAUUAAGGUCUUUCCAUCCUCAUUUAGUAUCAAAGCUGCCCUUGGGAAUCUGAAAAUAAGUGAUGAUAGGCUUCCCAGCACUCAUUCAUACUUUUGGGUCUGUGAUAUGCGAAAUCCUGGCGGGAGUUCAUUUGUUGAGCUCGAUUUCAGUUCAUUUAGUGCAGACGAUGAAGACUACUGUGGUUAUGAAUAUAGUCUUACAGGCCAGCUCUCAGAAGUUAGAAUAGUUUAUUUGCACCGUUUUGUUCAGGAGAUUGUUAGUUACUUUAUGGGCCUUGUACCUAACAAUUCAGAGAGUUUCAUUAAGCUGAAAGAUCAAGUAACAAAUUCAGAGAAGUGGGUCAGUACAACUGAAAUUGAAGGAUCGCCUGCAAUGAAAUUAGAUCUUUCACUAAGUAGGCCUAUAAUUCUGAUGCCCAGGCAUACAUACAGUAGCGAUUACUUAGAGCUGGAUGUGUUGCAUAUUACUGUUCAGAACACAUUCCAUUGGCUUGGCGGGAACAAGGAUGAAAUAAGUGCGGUUCACCUCGAAAUAAUGACCAUUAAGAUCGAAGACAUCAACUUAACUGUUGGCAAUGACACAAUAUCUGGUGAAAGUAUUAUUCAAGAUGUGGAAGGGCUUUCUGUUGUUAUUCAGAGGUCACUUCGAGAUAUAUUGCACCAAAUUCCCACCACAGAAGCAGCAAUCAAGAUUGAGGUGUUGAAAGCAGCUCUGUCCAACAAGGAAUAUGAAAUAAUUACAGAAUGUGCAGUAUCGAACAUAUCCGAGACUCCCCAUAUUGUGCCUGUGUUGGACAAAGGACCGAGAAUUUCUUCAGAUGGCUUUGAGGAAGAUCACACUUCUUUUCCUUCAACCACUAUAAAAUCUCAAAUUGAGAAUAAAGAAGUAUGGAUAACAAUGAAAACCUCAGUCUCCAUUACUUUGGUGGAGCUUUCUUUGCAUGCAGGCUCAUCUAGAGAUUCACCACUAGCUAAUGUACAGGCAAGUGGAGCUUGGAUGCUUUAUAAAGCAAAUACUUGUGGAGAGGGUUUUCUUUUUGCAACUCUCAGAGGAUUCUCAGUCAUUGAUGGGCGUGAAGGAACCAAAGAGGAACUCAGGCUUGCCAUUGGAAAAUCUGGUGCAGUUGGACAUAGAUCUGUUUAUGUAGAAGAUAACAGUCAGCAUUUGAAGGACCCUCAAGAGGGAGAAAUACUUAAGAAGAUUGGAAACCAACCAGUCGCUUCAAUGCUUAUUCUUGAUGCUAUUUUUAAAAAUGCUUUGACAAGUGUAUCUCUAUGCAUCCAGAGACCGAAGUUGCUUGUGGCCCUUGACUUCUUACUUGCCAUUGCUGAGUUUUUCGUUCCUUCUGUUCGCGACACACUAUCUAGUGGGGAGGAUAAUAACCCCCUACUGAUUGGGGGUGCAAUUAUUCUCAAUCAACCUGUUUAUGUCCAACCUGCCUCAGUAUUCUAUCUUUGCCCAAAGAAACCUCUUAUUGUUGAGGCCGAGCGAUUUGAUCAUUUCGUGUAUGAUGGGAAUGGGGGACAAUUGUAUCUACAGGAUGCUGAAGGGAGAACACUAUCUGAUUGUGCCACAGAACCCAUUAUCUAUGUUGGAAGUGGCAAGAGGCUGCAAUUUAAAAAUAUUACUAUAGUGAACGGGGAAUAUUUGGAUUCUUGUAUAUUUCUCGGAACGGAUAGCAGUUACUCGGUCCUUGAAGAUGACAAUGUCUUGUUACAGAGAGGAGAAAAAGAUGCUCAUUUGGAUCCGCAACAGGACAGGACAGAGGGUGUAGAUCGUAAACGAGCUUCUGCGGAUGGUUCCAUAGAGUUUGUUAUUGAGUUGCAGGCCAUAGGUCCAGAGCUUACGUUUUACAAUACCUCAGAGGAUGUUGGUGAAUUACCAAUUCUAUCAACAAAGGUUAUGCAUGCGUAUCUUGAUGUAUUCUGCAGGCUUGUAAUGAAAGGGGACAGCUUUGAGAUGGAUGGAAAUAUUCUUGGGUUAAAAGUGGAGAGUAAUGGGAUAAGGGUCUUAGAGCCUUUUGACACCUGUGUGAAGUUCUCCAAUGCUUCUGGAAGAACAAACAUUCAUCUUGCUGUUUCAGAUAUAUUUAUGAACUUCUCCUUCAGCAUUUUGAGACUGUUUCUAGCUGUGGAGGAAGAUAUUUUGGCAUUUCUAAGGAUGACAUCUAAAAAAGUCACAGUUGUCUGCUCUCAGUUUGACAAAGUCGGGAUAAUUCAGAAUUACAAGAAAGACCAAACUUACGCCAUAUGGAGACCACGGACACCAUCUGGAUAUGCUCUUCUUGGAGAUUGUUUGAGCCCUCUAAAUGAGCCACCUUCGAAAGGUGUCCUUGCUGUUAACACCAGUAUUGUCAGAGUAAAGAGGCCUGUAUCAUACAAGCUGAUAUGGUCAUGCCAUUACCGAAGUGAUGGAAGCAGCGAUGGCUCAACAAGUACAGUUUCAAAUAUUGAUAACAUUGCACAACAGAAUAGUUACUCUAUUUGGUUCCCUGUGGCACCGAAGGGUUAUGUUGCACUUGGUUGUGUGGUUUCCACUGAUCGUACAGAACCACAGUUAUCUUCUGGUUUAUGCAUAUUGGCUUCCUUGGUUUCUCCCUGCUCAAUGAAGGAUUGUGUAGCCCUUAGCUUAACUGAAAACCAUUCAUCUAAUAUUGCAUUUUGGCGAGUGGAGAACUCCUUUGGAUCUUUUGUACCUGCAGAUCCCACUGAUAUGGGACCAAGGGCAGGAGCAUAUGAUUUGCAUCAUAUUAUCUUGGGCUACUCAGAACAUCCUACCAGAGCUUCUAAAAAACCAUCUCAAGAAAACCGUGAUCAUCAGGAGCAUUCUCCGCAGCUGGAAAGAUCUGGUCUUGUAACCUCGGGUCGGAUGUUUGAGGCUGUUGCAAGUUUUCGAUUGAUAUGGUGGAAUCAAGGCGCAACAUCUGGGAAAAAAUUGUCUAUAUGGCGUCCAGUACUCCAACAUGGAAUGGUUUAUCUUGGCGAUCUUGCUGUUCAAGGGUAUGAGCCUCCAAACUCGACUAUAGUUCUUCAUGAUUCUGGAGAUGAAGAUUUUCUAAGAAUCCCACAAGAUUUUCAACUGGUUGGUCAAAUUAGAAAGCAGAAGGGGAAUGAGAGUGUGUCUUUCUGGCUACCCCAAGCUCCAGCAGGAUUCGUUGCCUUAGGAUGUAUUGCAUCUAAGAGCUCACCUAGGCAUGAAGACUUCAGUUCGUUAAGAUGUAUACGUAGUGAUAUGGUUACGGGAGAUCAAUUUGCUGAAGAGAGUAUAUGGGAUUCUUCAGGUACUAAGGUCUCAUCGGAGCCAUUUAGCUUAUGGAGUGUUGGUAACGGGAUGGGCACAUUUAUUGUUAGAAGUGGAUUUAAAAAGCCUCCAAAGAGGUUUGCUUUAAAGAUUGCAGGUUCAACUGUAUCCAGUGGCUCUGAUGACAUGGUAAUUGAUGCAGAAGUAAAGACUUUCUCUGCUGCUGUUUUUGAUGAUUAUGGAGGUUUGAUGGUUCCACUGUUUAACAUAUCCUUAAGUAGUGUUGCAUUUAGUUUGCAUGGAAGGCCUGAUUAUUGGAAUUCAACUGUGAGUUUCUCUUUGGCUGGAAGAUCUUAUAAUGACAAAUAUGAUGCUUGGGAGCCACUUGUUGAGCCAACUGAUGGAUUUUUGAGGUAUCAAUAUGAUCUAAAUGCCCCCGGUGCUUCUACUCAGGUUCGCAUGACUUCUACGAAAGAUUUGAAUCUAAAUGUUUCCGUCUCUAAUGCAAAUAUGAUGCUUCAAGCUUAUUCUAGCUGGAAUAAUCUUAGUCAUAUUGAUGAAUCAUAUAAAGCGAAAGAAGUGACUCGUCAAACUUCCAGCGAUAGGUCCAUAAUUGAUGUCCAUCACAGGGAAAACUAUUAUAUUAUACCUCAGAACAAGCUUGGCCAAGAUAUUUAUAUACGAGCUGCUGAAAUUGAGAAAUUUUCUAACAUUAUUAAGAUGCCUUCUGGAGAUAAUAAACCUGUCAAAGUUCCAGUAGCCAAAAACAUGCUGGAUUCUCAUUUGAAAGGGAAACUUGGUAGAGUAUCUCGGUCUAUGGUUAUGAUCAUCAUUGGUGAUGCUGAGUUCCCAAUGCGAGAAGGAUUGACUACUGAACAGUACACAGUAGCUGUGCGCCUUUUCACUAGCCAUCCCAUGGACUCACCAUUGCAACAGCAAAGUUCCCGGUCAAGUGGAGCAAUCUCAGAGUCUUUAUCUUCUGGAGUUUCUCUUGUAAAGUGGAGAGAAGCAAUGUUUUUCAAAAUUGAUUCUGCAGAUGAUUACAUGGUGGAGUUUGUUGUAAUUGAUGUGGGAAGAGGUCUGCCAAUAGGGAUCUACUCUGCUCCGUUGAAGCAGAUAGCUACUCUACUACCACAUAGUUCUGAUUCUGAUGAUAUUAACUCUAGCUUGACAUGGAGGGAACUUUCCUCAGCGAAGUCAAUGGACUGCGAUAGUGAUAAGAAAUUGCAUGGGAAAAUAAGAUGUGCUGUACUACUUUUUGUUAGACCUGAAAUAAAAGAUGAGAAAGAUCACAUGACUAGCAGGGGGAAUGGGUUUCUACAGAUCAGUCCUACCAGGCAUGGACCUUGGACGACUGUUAGGUUAAAUUAUGCUGCGCAUGCUGCCUGCUGGAGAUUAGGCAAUGACGUUAUUGCGAGUGAAGUAACUGUAAAAGAUGGUAACAGAUAUGUUAGCAUGCGUUCACUGGUUUCUGUAACUAAUAAAACUGAUUUUGUUGUUGAUCUACGCCUUAAGUCUAUGUCUUCAUCUGAGGGCGAAGUGAAUUACAAAGAUGAUGAUGAUGAUCAUCAUGAUGGUGAUGAUGAUGAUGAAGAUAAAGGACUGGAUGGUAACAGAUUCUACACAGAAGAGUUCUUUGAAGUAGAGAGAUAUGCUCCGUCAACUGGUUGGGUUAGAUAUUCUCCAGUCAUGCCACUCUCAAGUUCCAACAAAUCCGAAAGCGAUUAUCAGGGUUUUCCUAGUGUUAAUUUGCCAGAUGGUUGGGAAUGGAUGGAUGAUUGGCAUGUUGAUAGGACGUCUGUAGUAGCAGCUGAUGGUUGGGCUUAUGCUCCAGAUACUGAACAUCUGAAGUGGCCUGAGUCAUCGGAUCACAUUAACACUGUGAACUAUGCAAGGAAGAGGAGAUGGAUAAGGAAUAGGAAGUGUACUUCAUAUAAUGGGGGGAGUCAAAUUUCCAUUGGGCUACUGAAACCUGGUCAAACCAUUCCUCUGCCUCUGUCAGGCCUUGCACAUCCUGUAAUAUCAUAUGCUUUGCAACUAAGACCAAAAAAUACAAUUGAUCCAAAUGAAUAUUAUUGGAGUUCUGUGGUUGAUAAAAGAAACCAGAGUGAGUUUUCAGGUAGAGCUGAAGGACCUUCUGAAAUAUGUGUAUCAGAGCUUACCGAGUCUGAUGAGCUCUUAUACUGUAUGCAGACAAAUGGGAGUUCUUCUAACAAUUCCCCUGGCUUGUGGUUUUGUUUGAGCAUACAGGCAAAACAAAUUGGAAAAGAUGUGCAUUCAGACCCAAUACAUGAUUGGAACCUUAUAAUUGACUCACCUUUGUCAGUAACUAAUUUCCUUCCGCUUUCUGCUGAAUAUGCUGUUAUUGAAAAGAAACAGAAUGGACAGAGUCAGGCCUCGUCCAAAGGUACUUUGAUUGCAGGUGAGACCGUCAAGGUUUACAAUGCUGAUUUACGAGAUCCAAUAUACUUGUCAGUUCUUCCUCAAGGGGGAUGGGAGCCAAUACAUGAGCCUGUCCCUAUAUCACAUCCCAGUAGAAUGCCAUCGAAAAUGAUAUGUUUGAGAAAUUCUUUUUCUGGAAGGAUUGUCCAAAUCAUUCUUGAGCAGAACUAUGACAAGGAGUGUUUAAUAUCACGGGCUGUUAGAAUCCAUGUUCCCUAUUGGAUUGCAAGUGCAAGAUGCCCUCCACUUAAAUAUAAUCUUCUGAACUUGUCAGGCAGAAACGAGAAAAAGCAUUUCUCUGUCCCUUUCCGUUCUACCAUGAAAGCUGAGAAAAUAUUCCUUCAAAUUACCCAGGAGGAGAUGGUUGAGGGAUACACAAUAGCUUCUGCGUUGACCUUCAAAUUUUUAGGGAUCUCAGCAUCAUUAGCUGAACCUGGAAAGGAACUCUUCGGACCUGUUAGAGAUCUUUCUGCCCUUGGUGACAUGGAUGGUUCAGUUGAUCUUUAUGCUUAUGAUGCUGAUGGAAACUGCAUGCGGAUCUUCAUUUCCUCAAAACCCUCGCCAUAUCAGGCUAUUCCUACAAAGGUUAUAACCAUUCGUCCGUUCAUGACGUUCAGCAAUAGACUUGGCCAAGAUGUCUUCAUUAGAUUCAAUGUUGAAGAUCAGCCAAAGACUCUUCAUGCAUCUGAUUCAAGAGUAUCUUUCAUAUAUCACGAAGCUGGACCGGACAAACUCCAGGUGCGUCUUGAAGACACGGAUUGGUGUUUUCCUGUCGAAAUUAUGAAGGAGGAUACCAUUACUAUAGUAUUGAAGAAGCAUCUUGGUGGUCGGAAAUUUUUAAGGGCUGAAAUUCGUGGUUAUGAUGAGGGAUCACGUUUCUCAGUGUUAUUGCGUCUGGAACCGGCACAUGGUCCUAUCAGAAUGGAGAAUAGGACAAGAAGUACAAUAAUCAAAAUUCGGCAGUCCGGAUUAGAUGAUGAUGCUUGGACCAUAUUGAACCCGCUUUCUGCCACAAAGUUCUCAUGGGAUGAUCCAUAUGGACAGAAACUUCUAGAUGUUGGUAUCAGUGGUGAAAGGCAAAGUUACAUUCCAAACAUCAGUUUGGAAAAGUUAAUGGAUUCUAUUGCAGAGUUAAAGGCACAUGGUAUGAAGGUCAGAUGCAUCGAGUUCGGAGAUACCAAGAUUUUACGGUUCAUAGAUGACGAAAAAACAUUGUUAUUAAGUACAGAUGAAAAGGCUGGACCUGCGAAGACUGACAGUUCAAGUUCUUCAUCUCUGGGGAAUGAGAUUGAAUCUAGCAGUGCACCUUUAGAGUUUAUAAUUGAAUUGGGAAUUGUUGGAAUUUCUUUGAUAGAUAACAGACCAAGAGAAUUAUUAUAUCUAUACUUGGAGAAAGUCUUUGUUUCAUAUUCAACUGGAUAUGAUGCGGGUACAACAAGCAGAUUUAAGCUUAUAGUUGGUCAGAUCCAACUUGAUAACCAGCUGCCAUUGACGGUGAUGCCUGUUCUGUUAGCUCCUGAGGAUAAGCCAGACGUUAAUCAUCCUGUUUUCAAAGCCACUAUCACAAUGUGCAAUAAUAGUACAGAUGAUACGCUGGUGUACCCCUACAUUUAUGUUCGGGUAACUGAUAAAUGUUGGAGGAUCAAUGUUCAUGAGCCCAUAAUAUGGGCUUUGGUGGACUUAUACAGUAAUCUCCGGUUAGAUAGUAUCCCAAGCAGCUCAGGUGUCACUCAAGUGGAUCCAGAGAUUCGAAUAGACUUGAUUGAUGUUUCAGAGGUACGUUUGAAGCUAUCACUAGAAACUGCACCAACACAAAGACCAUAUGGCGCCCUUGGCAUCUGGAGCCCAGUACUAUCUGCAGUUGGAAAUGCAUUUAAGAUUCAGCUCCAUCUUAGGAAAGUAAUGCACAGAAGCAGGUUCAUGCGGAGAAGCUCAAUUCUUCCUGCAAUUAUUAAUCGAAUUAAGAGAGAUCUUAUCCACAAUCCUUUCCAUCUCAUAUUCUCGGUGGAUGUUCUCAGCAUGACAAGGUCAACUUUGGCCUCACUUAGCAAAGGUUUUGCAGAGCUUUCAACUGAUGGGCAGUUUCUACAACUACGCACAAAACAAGUGUGGUCAAGGAGAAUUACUGGUGUAGGUGAUGGGCUUCUUCAAGGGACAGAAGCUCUAGCACAAGGUGUGGCUUUCGGAGUUUCUGGAGUUCUCAAAAAACCUGUUGAAAGUGCGAGAGAGUAUGGUGUUCUAGGACUUGCUCAUGGACUGGGCCGGGCUUUUCUCGGAUUUGUUGUUCAGCCAUUAAGUGGAGCACUAGACUUCGUCUCAUUGACUGUAGAUGGCAUUGGUGCCAGCUGUUCCAGAUGCAUAGAAAUCCUAAGCAAUAAGACCCUAGCUCAGAGGAUCAGAAAUCCUCGUGCUUUUCAUGCAAAUGGUGUGCUUAAGGAGUACUGUGAGGAGGAGGCAGUCGGUCAGAUGGUCCUUUUCUUGGCAGAAGCUAGUCGACAUCUUGGUUGUACAGAUCUAUUCAAAGAGCCUUCAAAAUACGCAUGGUCUGAUUAUUACGAGGAUCAUUUUAUUGUAGCUUAUCACAGGGUGGUUCUUGUGACAAACAAGCGUGUCAUGCUUCUCCAGUGUUUGGCUCUGGAAAAGAUGGAUAAAAAGCCCUCCAAGAUACUCUGGGAUGUACCCUGGGAAGAGCUCUUAGCCCUGGAGUUAGCAAAAGCAGGAUAUCAAAAACCGUCUCAUUUGAUUAUCCAUCUUAAGAACUUUAAGAGGUCAGAAAGCUUUGUGCGGCUCAUUAAGUGCAAUGUUGAAGAAAUCGAGGAACAAGAGCCUCAAGCUGUUAGGAUAUGUUCUUCAAUACGAAAGAUGUGGAAAUCUUACCAGUCUGAUAUGAAAGUACUGACAUUAAAGGUCCCUUCAAGCCAGCGGCAUGUACAGUUUGCGUGGGAUGAAACUGACGGGAGGGAUUCUUAUAACCGGAUGAAACCGAUGAUUAAACCAAGAGAAUUUAAUUCUGUGAGCUCACAUUCUGAUGAUAGGAGAUUCACAAAACAUACUUUCAACUUUCAGAAGAUCUGGAGCAGUGAACGAGACUAUAGAAGUCGAUGCGCAUUGCUCCCGAAGCAGGUCCUGGACGAUGGCGCAAUUUGCAGCAUUUGGAGGCCGCUAUGUCCUGAUGGGUACAUUUCUGUUGGGGACAUAGCACAUGCAGGCAUCCAUCCACCUCAUGUUGCUGUCAUCUACAGAGAUUCCAGUUUAUACUUCGCGCUACCUAUCGGUUAUGAUCUUGUUUGGAGAAACUGUGCCAGUGACUACAUUGCUCCUCUCUCAAUUUGGCUGCCUAGACCUCCGGAUGGAUUCAUAGCAGUCGGAUGCGUAGCAUUAGCUGCUUAUGAGGAGCCUCCGCUAGACUCUGCAUAUUGUGUCAGUUCAGAAAUUGCAGAGGAGACUCAAUUUGAGGAGCAGAUGAUAUGGAGUGCACCGGACUCGUAUCCAUGGUCAUGUUAUAUGUAUCAAAUUCAGAGCGAAGCUCUCCAGCUCAUUGCUCUUCGUCAGAAGAAAGAAGAUUCAGACUGGAGACCAAUGAGAGUUUCAAGCCAGGUAUCUAUACAAGUGACCGAAGUCUCCAGUGAAGAAAGUAGAGAUCAGGGCACAUAGAAAAGAAGCUUUGACUUUGUUGCAGUCGGCUAAGUAGAUUUUGGUCGAGAUGAGAGAGAUGCCUGUGGUCUUAAUAAUGAACCGAAGGUUUCAUUUGGUUUUCUGAGAUCUGUGGUUUUGUAUGUAUGUAAUAUUCAAUGUGCAUAGGCAAUGCUGAGUAUGUUCGAGCUCCACAUUGUGGAUGGCGGAAGUGUGUAAAGAUGCAUGAGGAUGAUGUGAAUAUCUAUAUGAUUGGACAUUGGUCCGUUUUAGCUGUAUAAUCCCCUUUAAAAGAACUGUAUAAUCCACGGCGAUCUUAAAGGAAAUACUUUCUUUUA